GACCACUAAGACCAUCUGACCACAAUCUGGUCAUCACACAAAAGCUGAAGUCUAACACUACUAAAGAGUGACCAUGAAGACUUUAUUGUGUCUCUUUCUCCUAUUGGUGGCCCCUGUCUCAAGUACUGUGAGGCUGUAUGGAGGCAGCCCCUGCGCUGGCAGGGUGGAGGUCUAUUACUCCGGGCAGUGGGGAACCGUGUGUGAUGAUGACUGGGACAUAAACGCUGCCACGGUGGUGUGCAGAGAGGUUGGCUGUGGAGAGGCAACUGAAGCCCCAGGCAGUGCCUACUUUGGACAAGGGUCAGGGACCAUUUGGCUAGACAAUGUGGCGUGCACGGGGACAGAGCUGUCACUGAGUAGCUGCAGUUCAAAUGCCUGGGGAGAUCAAAACUGCAAUCACGGUGAAGAUGCAGGUGUCAUUUGUGAAUUGCCAGCUACUAUAAAGUCUGUGGUGAGGGUAUCCAUCAUAAUGGAGGCAGGUGUGGACUCAAAUAGCCCCAUUAUUCAACAAGCCAUCUUGGAUUUGAUAAGAAACCAGCUUUUCAAGAAUGGAAACAACAGCCUCAAGUGGAGGAUGUCAAGUGACGGACUGAAAUUUCUUCACAGAGAAACUGCUUCGGCAGGGAAAUAACCUUCUGCAAAUACUGUAACAGGAACUCUCUUUAGCAUUCAUUAAU